AUGGGCGUAGGAGAUGAUCUGGAGAACCAAAUGACCACGAAGCAUCAUCGAGGGAUCGGAAGCAGAGGCGGUGACCAGGACUUAUUAGGACCGUCGCCUAGGCCAGUGGUACCGUUGGUGUACUCUGAAUUUAGCGAUGACGAGUUGGCGCCACAGUGGACCUCGUGGCUGAUCCCGUUGUUUGUUGUGGCUAACGUGAUAGUCUUUAUCGUCACGAUGUUUAUCAACAACUGCCCUAAGAACUCAGAGUCUCAUGAUCCCAAACAGAAAUGUGUCGCCAGGUUCCUCGGGAGAUUGUCCUUCGAACAUCUCCGUAACAAUCCUCUCUUCGGCCCGUCUUCUCUAACAUUGGAGAAGUUAGGAUCACUUGACUGGUACAGAGUUGUGGAGAAGCAUCAAGCUUGGCGUCUCCUGACAUGUAUAUGGUUACAUGCCGGUGUUAUUCAUCUUGCAACUAAUAUGCUAAGCAUUGUAUUCAUCGGUACUCGCCUUGAGCAGCAAUUUGGUUUCGUUAAGAUUGGGUGGAUAUACGUAAUGUCAGGAAUGGGAGGAAGCAUACUGUCUUCAUUGUUUAUUAGAAACGGUAUCUCUGUUGGAGCUUCUGGUGCUCUGUUUGGCCUUCUUGGCUCAAUGCUUUCUGAACUUAUCACCAACUGGACUAUCUACUCUAACAAGAUUGCAGCAUUCUUGACGCUUCUGGUUGUCAUUGUGAUAAACCUAGCCAUUGGGAUUCUACCUUACGUUGAUAACUUUGCACACGUGGGUGGAUUUUUAACGGGGUUUCUCCUCGGUUUCGUCCUCCUGGCCCGUCCUCAGAUUAGGUGGUUUGCAAGAGAGCAUAUGCCACAAGGCAGACGUAUAUCCAAAUACAAGCCUUACCAGUACAUAUUAUGGCUCCUGUCUCUGGCUCUAUUGGUCCUCGGGUUUGUGGUGGCGUCGGUGUUGCUAUUCAAAGGAGAAGAUGGGAAUGAUCACUGCCACUGGUGUCGUUACCUACGCUGUAUUCCCACUUCAAGAUGGAGUUGUGACAGCGUUUGAUGCCUAUUCUCAGGAGACUCUGUGAUUGCUUGUUUGUGUGUGACUAUUCAUUUACCGGAAACAAAAUAAAUGGUAUAAUGGAAUUGUUUAUAUCAAUCAGUCAACUCAUACCUCUAAGUUGUGAUUACCAUGUUGUGACUUGACA